CGCCCGGCGCCGCGAUGCCCGAAAACAGCUCCUUCAACUGCUGCGAGGGCUCCUCCGCGCGCCCCCGGCCGCCCUGGGUGGCUCCCUCGCUGGCCGCCGUGCUCGUCGUCACCACCGCCGUGGACGUGGUGGGCAACCUCCUGGUCGUCCUCUCGGUGCUCACGAACCGCAGGCUCCGGAACGCAGGUAAUUUGUUCUUGGUGAGCCUGGCAUUGGCUGAUCUGGUAGUGGCCUUCUACCCCUACCCACUGACCCUCCUGGCGAUCUUCUAUGAUGGCUGGGCCCUGGGGGAAGCACACUGCAAAGCCAGCGCCUUUGUGAUGGGUUUGAGUGUCAUCGGCUCUGUCUUCAACAUCACUGCUAUCGCCAUUAACCGCUACUGCUACAUCUGCCACAGCGUGGCCUAUCACCGGAUCUGUAGGCACUGGCACGUCCCUGUCUACAUCAGCCUCAUCUGGCUCCUCACCCUGGUGGCCUUAGUGCCCAACUUCUUCGUGGGAUCUCUGGAAUACGACCCUCGCAUCUACUCCUGCACCUUCAUCCAGACCGCCAGCGCCCAGUACACGAUGGCUGUGGUGGUCAUCCACUUCCUCCUCCCCAUUGCUGUAGUGAUCUUCUGUUACUUGCGAAUCUGGGUGCUGGUACUUCAAGCCCGCAGGAAGGCCAAGUCAGAGAACAAGCUGUGCAUCCGGCCCAGCGAUGUGCGGAGCUUUCUAACUAUGUUUGUGGUGUUCGUGAUCUUCGCCAUCUGCUGGGCCCCCCUCAACUGCAUCGGCCUUGUCGUGGCCAUAAACCCAGAACAAAUGGCUCCCCAGAUCCCAGAGGGGCUCUUUGUCACUAGCUACUUCCUUGCUUAUUUCAAUAGCUGCCUUAAUGCUAUUAUCUAUGGGCUCCUGAACCAGAACUUCCGCAGGGAGUACAAGAGAAUCCUCUCCUCGCUCUGGACGCCACAGAGAUGCUUUCAGGAGGCUUCCAAGGGCAGCCAUACAGAGGGGCUGCAGAGUCAAGCCCUGCCUGUGGUUAAUGCCCUGACCCCAUCCAGGCAGAGGGACUCCAACCUGGUCUGAGGCACAUUAGCUGGCUAAAAGCCCCAUGAACAAUUGGGAGUGACUCGGCUGCAAGGGUGAGAUCCGGCAGCCUGCUGUUCCACUCAUCCGGUCCACAUCCACAGCCCACAACCUGGGGAACCUGGUGUUGUGCACAAGGGGCCCAUCAGGCACUGGACCUGACAGGCACUCUGAGAAGCAUCAACUGUGAGGUGUUGGAGGCUUGGCACAUACA